AUGGCUGCUAAAACUAUUAUUGUCACAGGAGCUUCUCGAGGCAUUGGCCUCGCAAUUGCUAAGUAUCUGCUUACCGCACCCCAAUCCCACAAUGUGGUGGUGGUAGCUCGCAGCUUGGAGCCUCUACAGAAGCUCAAAAAUGAGUACAGCAAGCAGGUCGAGGUGGUGAACGGCGACCUUGCAGAUUUCUCACUCGCCCAGAAAGCAGUUGAUGUCGCCCUUGAAUCUUUCGGCCAACUCGACGGCAUGGUUCUCAACCAUGGCAUCCUAGGCCAAACAGGCAACAUUGCUGUCACCGAUAUCGAGGAGUGGCAGAAGACCUUCAACAUCAACUUCAUGAGCUUGGUCGCUUUUGCGAAAUCUGCUCUUCCUGCCUUGCGCCAGUCCAAGGGCAAAAUCAUCCUCACUUCCUCUGGUGCCGCUGUGGGCAAGUACCGUGGCUGGGGCAUGUACGCCGCAUGCAAAGCAGCAAUGAACAACUUCACCCAAACGUUAGGAUGUGAAGAGCCUGACGUUACAUCUAUUGCCGUUCGACCCGGCAUGGUUGACACAGAAAUGCAGCGAGAACUGCGCGAGGUUCAUGGCGCAACCCUCGAUGCUGAGAUGCACUCGAAGUUUACUGGAGCUCACGAGGGUGGCAAGCUUGUUACCCCAGAGCAGCCUGGUCAUGUCAUGGCCAAGUUGGUGCUCGAUGCGCCGAAGGAGUUGACUGGAUUAUUCCUUUCAUGGGAUAGCGAAGACCUCAAGGCUUUCCGUUAA